AUGGCUGAACUAAAGCUCUGGUCUUUCUACAGAGCACUCAUCGCAGAGUUCAUAGCCACUCUCCUUUUCCUCUACGUAACCGUAGCCACCGUCAUUGGCCACAAGAACCAAACCGGUCCUUGUAACGGUGUCGGUUUACACGGUAUUUCAUGGGCCUUUGGUGGCAUGAUCUUCGUCCUUGUUUACUGCACCGCUGGUAUCUCCGCUGCAGGAGGUCACAUUAACCCGGCAGUGACGUUUGGUUUGUUUUUAGCUCGUAAAGUGUCGCUCCUUAGAACGGUUGCUUACAUGGUGGCUCAGUGUUUAGGAGCUAUUUGUGGAGUGGGUGUAGUUAAGACCUUUAUGAUAACUCCGUACAAGCGUCAUGGAGGUGGAGCGAACACGGUCGCUGAUGGUUAA